AUGGUGAGAGGCUGUGCCUCCAGUGGUUGGGCUACAUUUACAACACCACCAUUGAUUGGGUUGUAUCUACUGCAUCAAAGGAUAGAAGACAAUCGCAGGCCCAACAUCCCCCCGAGGAUCCUCUCCGACGUGGAUGAUACCAUCAAGUGUUCCGGUGGUCCCCGUGGUGGUGGGGUGGACGAGGCUGGGUACCGCAAGGAGGUCUACCCUGGCACGGUGCAGUUCAUGUUGGAAGUGGCGCGAGGGUCGCAGCUGAGUCCCGAGCCGCCCAAGGUGAGGCUGCUCUCGGCAAGGCCUAAGAAGUUGGGAUUUUUGAAGAUGACGCCCACCAGUAGGGUGGCCAGGGAAUUUCGAAGGGUGGCCGAAGAAAAUGGUCUUGGUGCUUGGGGCAUUGACUUUGAAGGCUCGCAGUACGGCCGGCUCCGAGAUCUGCUUCCCGCGCUGCGCGGGGACUUCCGAAAAUUUGGCAAGACCAAGCUGAAGAACUGGGCAGAAGUCCUUGGGAACGACUUGGGUCAAGCCAAGGCCAUUUUCAUUGGGGACGAUGGACAAGGUGAUGUGCAAGCCGCGCUGAGCAUGGCCCGAUUUGGGCCGCCCUUUGCUGCGGCCUUCAUUCACCAAGUCGCCCAGAAGGUGCCAUCCAACACAGGCCAUCCGCGGGUCUUCUUCUUCGGCAGCUACCUGGAGGCCUCACAGCUGGCGCUGCAGCAGCGCCUGAUCUCCUUGGAGGGCUCGCAGCGUGUGAGACAAGCCGUGGAGAGUUGCAACCUGGUGAAACUCUGUCGACUGCACCGGGAGGAUCCCAUCAAAUAUGCCAAGUACCCUUGCCGAGAUGGGCGCACGCUCUAUUGGCCCGACGGCCGGGUGGCGAACUUGGAGUUGUCGGAGGACCAAACAGUGCGGAUUCGCAGCUGCGGAUUCCCCACCGCGCACCCCGAGAUCAACAGAGGUGGCAGGUGCGAUACCCUACUGGCAGAGCUGGAGCUACAGCUGGAGGUGAAGAGCCGAUGGUCCUCGCCCUUGCGCGGGCUGUCGGGGCUGUCGCAGUGGUUGGGACGGGGAGAAAAGACGCGUUGUGGCGAGUUCGGUCGUGGUGAAACAUUUGCAGAGGUGCAGGAAAAGAUCGACGCCAUGGUGGCGGCCCUGAAGAAGGAACAGGCUGAUGAGGUGAAGAAGAAGGACUACUGCAUCGAAGAGCUGAACAAGAACAAGAUUUCAGCAGAUGGCAAGAAGCGCCAGGGAGAAGGGUUGGAUGCAACGGUGCAGGACCUCAAGGAGAAGUUGAAGGCCGUGGAGGUCGACACCAAGGAACUCGAUGGUGAAGUCUUGGAGCUGAAGAAGCAGCAGAAGCUGGCAGCGCAGAACCGGGAGAAGGAGAACUCAGAGUUUCAGAAAGUGGUGCAGGAGCAGAGACAGACGCAAGUGCUGUUGAAGAAAGCCAUGCAGGUGCUGGCAGGUUUCUACAACAAGCCCCUGGAGUCCUUCCUGCAGGACCCCAAAGAACCUGAGACCUUUGGCAGCUACAAGAAAGCUGGAGGCAAUGGAGUGAUGCUGAUGCUGCAGCAGCUCAUCGCGGACGCCAAGGCGAUGGAAGUCGAGUCCUCCACCGCGGAGCGCGAGGCGCAGAAGGACUACGAGGCCUUCGGCAAGGAGACGAUCAACGCCUUGAAGACCAAGGGCAAGGCUCUGGAAGACAAGGCAGCUGAAAAAGCCAAGCUUGAAGAGAAGUUUGUGAUGACCCGACAGUCCAAGAAGGGUGUGGAGAAAGAGGUGGACACGCUGGCAGACACGGAAGUGCAGUUGCAUGAGACCUGCGACUUUACGCUCCAGAACUUUGAUGCACGGCAGAUGGCGCGCAGCGCGGAGGUGGAGUCUCUCUUCGAUGCCAAAAACUUCCUGAAGGGCGUGAAAUAGGCGCAGCCUUUCCGAAAUUUCUGCGGCAGAAGAGGCUGUUGCGGCAGCAAAAAGGAGCUGCCGGUGAU